GCAUGUUUACAUUUCCCCUUGACUGAGGUCUCUUUAUCAGGCAAUGGGUUUGUUCUGCUUCUAGUAUAAAGUAACCAAGAGCGGGUUUCGCACACGCAGAUACUGCACGCAUGCAGCGUGCUCAGGAUGACACAGUCAAGUACCGUAUUGAGCAUUUUCAUCCUGUUUCUUCACACCACUCUUGGGGAAAGUGGUUGCACUUCAGCAGAUGGUGAUGGGACUUUUGGAGAUGAUGAACCAGACAAUUUAGACAUUGAAUGCUUCAGCCAGCUGGAAUUUAAGGAUUCCUAUAGCAGCCUGACCUGCAAUUUUACCGAGCUGCCUCCUCACAACACUAACUAUACCCUGGCCCUGUGUACCAAGGAAGACAGCAAUUAUGUGUGCUUCAACAUGGAGAAACAAGAAGAUGUGUAUUUCUUACAAUUCACUGAUAUACUCUCAAAUAAAUACAUUUGCAUGGACUCUGAGAUAAAGAGAAGGGUCUGCAGGAGUCUGGUGGUAACUGACAUUGUUAAGCCUGAAGUACCAUUCAACAUAAACAUCACAUACCAAAAGGAAGCAAACGAGUAUCUUAUUCAUUACAGUACACCACAUUCAUGGAAGAAAUACUUAAGGGACAAAUUAAUACAUCAAAUAGCCUAUCGUCAGGAAAAAGGUUCUUGGCGGACAAUAGAGUCACCAUACCUUCAAGCAAAAUUAUUGGGGAAAAGCCUUGAAAAUGAUGCAUCAUAUGAGGUGAAAGUACGUUCUCAGCCCAACAGAGAUUACUUUAAGGGAACAUGGAGCGAAUGGAGCACUUCCAAGAGCUUCAGGACCACAAGGGAGCAACGCUCGACAGGGAGUUACAGCAGCAUGGUCAUGGUUAUAGUUUCCAUCCUGGGAUUCAUGCUAUCCAUUGUCAUGAUUGUCCUGAUUGUAACUUUUUGGGAAAACAGGAUCAAGCCUGCUGUGUGGCCAAACCUUCCUGAUCAUAAAAAAACACUGGAGCAGCUAUGCAAGAAGCCAAAAAAUAAUUUUGACAUAAGCUUUAACCCGGAGAGUUUUGGUUACGUUCAUAUCCAUAAAGUGGACGGCAUUCGAGCAAAAGCUGAACUGGAAAAUUUUCUGCAGCCAUCAACUGCUCCAGAGACAAACCUUCCAGAAAAAAUUAGGAGCAGAUCAGACCUGAAGAUGAUCCCUGCAGUGACAGACAAAAGCAACUUAAACCUGUCUGUGACUUGUGGAGGAAUCUGGCCAGCUGAAGCCCUGCACAGACUUCUGGGCACUAGCCAGUUUGCAGUCGCUGAAGGAGAUGGUGACUCCAGCACAUACGAUGUGUGCCACUGCAAUGGGGUGACCUUGUGCCAUGAUGGUUUCAACCUUUCUUCUGCUCCUCCCCCAGAUCCAUCCAGCCAGCCUGAACCACAGCCCCAAAAUGGUGACACCAUAUCCCAGAUGCUACCUACCAGUGAAAUGAGGCCACCAAACCACGAGGAAGCCUAUGUCACGAUGUCUAGCUUCUACAAAGUUCAGUAAACCUUAGAGGAAUGACAGCAUACCUUUUUUUCUCUAACACAAGCAGGACACUGAAGCUUUCUGGUUUGUUUUCCUGUAUCCUGUGAGUUCUCAUCUCUGCAACAUAAUGCUCGUAGUGCUUCAUGGUACCUGCAAGAAAGUUGGUUCUCCCACAUUUCAGUGAUAAGUGGCCCAACUUCAGCUCUCAGUAUGCCAUUAGCAAUCUCCACUGCAGCAGAAAUUAAACUCAAUUCAAUCUAACUUUAAUCUUCAGAUCUGAUUAAUCCAGAGCAAUGACACUGCAGUCCUAGCUGAGGAUCACAGCAGGUCUUGUAAAAGAUAAUGAACUCCUGUUAACCUCUUGGUUGCAAAGUUAAGGCUUUAUUAAUAUCUAAGCAAGAAAUAUGGCAACAAAUUCAAGCUAAAUAGAAUCCAAUCGCUUUUAAACAGUGGUAGGUCAAGAAGAACUCCUCUGCAGUCAGUGGAAGUCCAUGAGUUUGCGAAACACCAGUAAAUGAAAAUUGCUAUCAAACAUUAGUUGCCUGGGGUUUCAGGAGCUUGGUCAUCGCAAACGCAGUUUGCUGAGCCCCAAGGAAAAAGGACACAUGGACUCAUCUUAGAAGAUGUUUUCUCAGACUGAUUUUUUUUUUUUUUCCUUGAGAUUAAAACAAAGCAAAACCCUCCAGCCACUACUUUUUACUGUUGAUAAACAUCUGCCCCAGAGCCAGUUUUAGGAUCCACAGGUACUUCUGCUAGUGCUUUAUAUUAAAGAUCUUCAGCAUUUCGUGUAUUAGCAAUUUUAGUUAAGAAAACAAAACAAAAUCAAUGAAAAGCGAAGUCCCAUCUCUUCCUGUAAACUAAAUCUGGGCCAUAAAAUACAUUAUGUUGUCUUUCUCUGCAGCUCUUGUGCAAGAAUUGGUGCAGCAUGUAGGUACCGGCCAGGGCAGAAGGGCUAAGUGGACCAUGUUUGUUUACUAGUGGUAUUUCUAAUGGCUGUGGCUGCAUGAGAAUACUUUGAACUUGGCCAAGUAAUGUCAUACAACAGUGCAAGAGUAACCUAGGAAGAUGGAUGGAUGGAUCCUGCCAGUGAUCAGAAGACUUACAGUUUUUAAAAGGACCUUGUAAAUUGCCUGGAGAUAGCAUUUUAUUAUCCUUUUUUUAAAAUUUUUCUUCUGCAUUAUGAUGGCGUAAGGCAUCCUGCCCCUUCCUACUCACCUUUGCCUGGACUCUGUGCCCAGCUCUGAUGGGUUCCUCUCAUGCUGCCAUGCAGAGAUGGCUGAGCCACUUAACAGUCCCUCUGGGAUGCUGUGCGUUGUGGAGCACACGCUUGGAGAUAAAGCUGCUACAGCCACAUGGUUGCAUGACAGCCGAGCAGUGUGGCCAUGGGAAAUCCAAGCUGCUUUGAUGCACUCUGAGGCUGGGGUUCACCUCACUGUGCAGUCUCAGUUCCUCCAGCUGCUUAAAACUGUCGUUUACUGAAAUGUAUUCACAUUCCCAGAGUCUAAGGGUAAAAGAGUCCUCUGUCUUCAUCAGAGCUGGUUGAAUUUGUUCUGACUGGUAAUAAUCACUGAGAUUAUUACAGAAAAGCUGUAUUUGAUGUAGCCUGCUGGAGAAAAACAGCACUCCCAAGACAGCACUCCACCUUCUCCGCUUCAAUCCAACACCAGGGGAAUCUUCAAACAGGGAGAACCUUAUGGUACCUGUGUGCAAAGGGGAUGAGCAUUUGGCUCAAGGCAUUCCAGUGACAUUUUACAGAAUGGUUUUUAUUGCUGUUUCUCACUGAAUGGAACAUUGAUUGUUGCAGUAGGAAAGAUGAAAAGCCCUGAACAUUCAUUUGCUUCAUAAUGCUUGUAUAUCUUUUUAAAAAGAGCUGCUGGUAAUGCUCAUACUGUGCUGUCUUGCACAGUGCAAUUGUAGAUGCAGACAGAAAUUGUGCUGCAGAGAUUUCUUCUUCCAGUAACAUGGUGACAAACAAAAAGGGGAUAGAGGAAGAAGCAAAAGCACAUCAGAAAAAAUCCUUUACAGUAUGUGCUAUGCUUGCAAUUUUAUAGCCAAAAGCAUAAAUUUGAUGGAUGUAUACAGAUAUAAGCACCUGUAGCUUUGUUUUGGGAAAAAAGAAAUGCAAAUAUGCUCCAAAGCACUGAAGCACCACAAGCACUUCAGGUCCAUGGCCAGCUUUUGGAUGCAUAGCACAUACAUGAAGAUACAGCCAAAGCUAUGUCUUGACAACGCUUCACUGGGUCAGGACCAAGUAGCUUCCUGAUUCUACAAGACAGUUUCCCCCAUAGCUGUUCGCAAAUUCCCAUCUGUCUCAACAUCCACACAGGGACGUCCACUCAGCUUUCACAUGCUCCAUGCACCUUCUCUAGUUCAGCAUAACGUUCCUGCUCCGCACUUUCUGCCUUUCAUGCUAUACUCAGCUGCACACACAAAGAUACGAUGGUGACCCUGGCUUGCAUGUAUCUGCUCUAUGACACCAUGCCUGGAGCUGCCGGCUCCUCUUUGCACGUGCCCAUCAGGCUUCGCCACCUCUUCUGUGCUUAUGGCACAACACAACCUCUCCCCUGUCUGCGCUUCUCCCCCUUAACUACGCACAGCUCAUUUGCGCUAUGCAAACAUCUCCUAGCAGCACACAAAUGCUAAUCUGUGAAAUAAAAUAAGUCUUUUGUC